GCGGCCGCUCGGCGCCAGCCCCGCAAUCCGCCCGAGCCACCGCCGAGCGGGGACGGCCGGACCGGGUGCGAACUUGCGCAGACAGCCGGUGCUGGCGCUCACGGUGUGCCGCCGCCUCUCCGCCUCAUGAGCUGCGCCAGAAUGAUCCAGGUUUUAGAUCCACGUCCUUUGACAAGUUCAGUCAUGCCAGUAGAUGUGGCCAUGAGGCUUUGCUUGGCUCACUCGCCACCUCUGAAGAGUUUCCUGGGCCCUUAUGAUGACUUCCAACGAAGACAAAUUGUGAAUAAAUUAAAGCCUCUGAAAUCAUGUCUCAACGUGAAACAGGAAGCCAAAUCGCAGAACGACUGGAACUGCUCACAGAACCAAGCCAAGAAACGGGUUGUGUUUGCCGACUCCAAGGGUCUCUCUCUCACUGCCAUCCACGUCUUCUCCGACCUGCCAGAAGAACCAGCAUGGGAUCUCCAGUUUGAUCUUUUGGACAUUAACAGUAUCUCCUCUGGCUUAAAACUCCAUGAGGAGAAAAAUCUCAUUUUAGAUUUCCCUCAACCUUCAUCUGAUUACUUAAGUUUCCGGAACCACUUUCAGAAGAACUUUGUCUGUCUGGAGAACUGCUCUUUGCAAGAGCGAAUCGUGACAGGGACUGUGAAAGUCAAAAACAUGAGCUUUGAGAAGAAGGUUCAGAUCCGUAUCACUUUCGAUACUUGGAAAAGCUACACCGAUGUGGACUGUGUUUACAUGAAAAAUGUAUAUGGUGGCUCAGAUAGUGACACCUUCUCAUUUGCCAUUGACUUACCCCCUGUCAUUCCAACUGAGGAGAAAAUUGAGUUCUGCAUUUCUUAUCAUGCGAAUGGGCAAGUCUUCUGGGACAACAACGAUGGUCAGAAUUAUAGAAUUGUCCAUGUACAGUGGAAACCUGAUGGGGUGCAGACGCAGACGGCAACCCAGGACUGCACAUUCCACCAGGCAUCCCCUAAGACAGAGUUAGAGUCACCAAUCUUUGGCAGUCCCAGGCUGGCUAGUGGGCUCUUCCCAGAGUGGCAGAGCUGGGGGAGAAUGGAGAACUUGGCCUCUUAUCGAUGAAUUAAGCAACAUAGUGAUUGGUCUUGACCUGUCAUAUUCCCCAUGCAAUUCUAGGUCUGUAUUGCUCAAUAUUAGGCAAUCUUUGCUACUUUCCAUCAGUAGGUUUAGAUUGGAGCUUUUGAGACCUGGCUACAGAAAAGAAAGCCACUCGAGAAUUUAGUGUUGGGGUCUGUAGAGAUGCUGCUGCCCAAUUUUGCUUUGGAGGAUCAAGUAACAGCCUGGGAACUGUUUUAAUAAAGGUGAUACCUCUUCAGUGCCCUUCCUCCUUCCCUCUCCGUUCAUGAGCUUUCAGGUUGGGCAAGGGAAAGUUGAGCAAGGACAGCUGAUGGUGAUGGAAAGCUGUGUUAAUGGUACGAGGAAUGUGUGAAAAGUAUACACAAAGGGCUCUGAAGCUGAAGUCAGAGUAGGAGCAGGAGGUCUGACACUUACUUGUUGGUGAGAAAAUGUAAGGUUAUUUUGUGUUUUUAAGUUGGUUUUAUGGUUCUAUCCUGGGGAAACAAUCUGUAGAGAGGAAAAAGAUCUAUGUAUUCUUGAAGCGAAAAGCCAAAUAACCUUUUAAGGGUAUUGGGUGGUAUUGGGUGAAGAUGAAUUGUAACUCUGGAGAAUCAAGAUCUUACAUGAAGCCUUUCUGUUCAAGUGUGAUCUACCAAAAGUCAUGAUUUGGGGAAGGUUUAAGCAAAUCUGGUUCUGCAGUCCUAAUGUUAUAAGUGAUUUUGUGAUCAAGACAUCAUGUUUGGGUUCUUGGUGUAGAAUCCUGCUAACAAAAACCAUGCCAUCAUCAGUGGUUAACAACACAUAGGGACUCCAUGUCAUGUCAGAUAGCUCAUUGCAAGUGCCUUGAUUAAAUCAGAAAACUGUAGUUGCUUAACCCAAAAAUCUGAAUGGCCUCAUGAGAAGGUCCACUCUGUACGCUG